UCAUUGGCUGGGCUGGCCCAGCACGAUUCCUCUCGGGAGUUGUAGUUCUUGGGGCUCGGCUGGGACGCAGGGAAGGACCAUUGGUCCAAAGCCAGGAGCGGCAGUUGUGUUUGGUCCUGGUCGUUGGCACCAUGUCCCGCGUGUCCGUGCCCUGCCAUGUGAAAGGCACUGUGGCCCUGCAGGUGGGGGACGUGCGGACCUCCCAAGGCCGGCCUGGCGUGCUGGUCAUCGAUGUCACCUUCCCCAGCGUCGCGCCCUUCGAGUUGCAGGAGAUCAUGUUUAAGAAUUACUACACGGCCUUUCUGACCAUCCGUGUUCGCCAGCACACCUCGACACACACUCCGGCCAAGUGGGUGACCUGCCUGCGGGACUAUUGCCUGAUGCCCGACCCACACAGUGAGGAGGGAGCCCAGGAGUAUGUAUCGCUGUUCAAGCACCAGAUGCUAUGUGACAUGGCCAGAGUACUGGAGCUGCGUUUGAUUCUGCGACAGCCAUCGCCGCUGUGGUCAUCUUUCACGGUAGAGGAGCUGCAGAUCUACCAGCAGGGACCAAAGAGCCCUUCCAUGACCUUCCCCAAGUGGCUCUCCCACCCAAUGCCUUGUGAGCAGCCUGCUCCCCUUCUUGAGGGUCUCCCAGACCCCAGCAGGGUAUCCUCCGAGGCACAGCAGAUGUGGGCGCUGACAGAGAUGAUCCGGGCCAGUCACACCUCCACAAGGAUCGGCCGUUUUGAUGUCGACGGCUGUUAUGACCUGAACUUGCUCUCCUAUACUUGAGUUGUGGCUCCCAGUCAAGACGUUAACCUUUUGUGCCCACGCAGGCCCAGUUUGGGCCAUCAAGGGCCAAAGCAUUUUCCAUGUGCGUUCCAAGUGUUGCCUGCAUGCCUAUUCUGUCUGGGCCACAUUCAGAGAUUCAAGAUUUUGGAGCUCACUGUUGCUUCAGCAUGAGCUCCUGGAGGUGGUGCACUUUGUCCUCACCUGACUGCAACCUGAAAUUCCUUCUUUUCCCUCCCUAAACACACUCUAGUUCUAUUGCUCAGAAUCUCCCUGUACCCUCUAUCCCUCCUGGGACAUUCCUGUCCAACAUGAUUCCUGUCUUCUGCCUGUUCCCCGGUCCUGACUGUAGUGGGCCGGAAUAAUCUACUAGAACAUGCUUUGUCUAGCCUUGGAAGACUGCUGUAGCCUGGCCCUUGCAUUUGGGAGUUUGAGGAACAAGAGCCCUAUUUCUGCCUUCUGCAACCCCUAAUGGUCUUCUGUUUUUUUUUUUUUUUUUUUUUUUUUAAGGGCUGCACCCGAGGUAUAUGGAGGUUCCUAGGCUAGGGGUCUAAUCGUAGCUAUAGUUGCCGGCCUAUACCACAGCCACAGCAACGGGGGAUCUGAGCCAUGGCUGCGACCUACACUGCAGCUCAUGGCAACACUGGAUCCCCGACCCACUGAGUGGGGCCAGGAAUCAAACCCACGUUCUCAUGGGUAUUAGUUGGAUUCAUUUCCACUGUGCCACAACGGGACUCCCCUAAUGGUCUUCUUUCCCUUUGUGCUGUGCCCACAAAAAGAAAAUUCCUGUCUAAACUCUUCCAUUGCUUGCCCAGGGGGCCACACAAAGCUGGGAAGUUGGGCAGCCUGAGUCCCCUGUUUCCUGAAUUGGCUUGGUAUGUGUGUUUAAAUUGGUCAGCUCAUCCAUUGCAUUUGGGUGGGUGCCUCUGGCAAGGCCAGGGCCCGAAAAUGAGUCCUGGGACUUGCCGGCCAUCUGACACAGCCCAUAACACAUCCUUGUGUCUCUCCCAGUUUCCCCCUUCUAAAACAGCCAUGCGCAGUGUGAUAUCAGCCUCUGUGUGGGCGCUAGGUCCAGGUGAAGUUUCUCUUUGGUGUCUUUUAGGAGGCUGAGGUUUUCUACAGCCCCAGGCCAGCAACUGAAUAAGAUAGGCUACUCCUCCUUAUAGGAAAAUUCUGUCUUUCUGGUUUUUCCUGGCUUUGCCUCUGGGGGUGGGGGUGGGGGGUGGGGGUGGAUUGGCAGUAUGGCAACAUAUGUUUGACCUGGGAAAUUGAUCUGGAUGUUUGUGCAGCUCAGCAGCUUUCUGGGGGAAGUUCCUUCAGCUCUUACCCAUUAGAAUUCUUGCAGGUGAUAUCUGCUUGCAGGGUCAUUUCCUUGGCCCCAUUCGGCUUUUACUAAGAGGGUAAUGAUUACAGUCUUGUGCUCAGGGGGUAGAGCCCUCAGAGUGGGGGGAGGUUCCUGGGAUGGCAGGGACCCUGCUUCCUGCACAGCUGUGUCCCCAGCACAGAGCCUCCUAGUGUGCUGCAAAAUCAAUAAAUACUUGUGGAAAGCA